ACUUUCAACAUAAUCACGGUUUGUCCUCGUGUUUUGUAAUUUAAACUGCUCCACGCGGAACUCCCACGAUGACGCAACGUGUCGGAGGUUUUUGCGGGACGGGCUGCGUGCUCCUCGUUCUCUGUCUUUUAGCCACGAUGAACCCCGUUUCUGCAGUCACUCAUUAUUCUAUACCGGAAGAAAUGGAGGAGGGAUCCGUGGUCGCGAACCUCGCAGCUGAUUUGGGACUAGAAGUGAAGUCUCUGAGGGCGAGGAAGAUGCGCCUGGAUGUUGUAGCCAAUAAGAAAUACCUCGACAUCAACAAAGACACGGGGGAGCUUUUUAUCCAGGAAAGGGUGGAUCGAGAGUUUUUGUGCCCAUCCAAGACAACUUCACAUUGUAUCCUGAAAUUAGACGCCUCGAUUGAGAACCCUGUCCGGAUGUUUAACAUCGAGGUAGAAAUUACAGAUAUAAACGACAACUCUCCUCAUUUUCGGAGAGGAACGAUGCAUUUGGACAUCUCUGAGUCAACCCCGGUCGGAGAGAGGUUCUCCCUGAAUAAUGCUGCAGACCCAGAUGUCGGAGUUAAUUCGGUGAAGAAUUACCACCUGAGCGCGAGCGAUCAGUUUUCUAUUGAGAUUCAAACAGGAAGAGAUGGGACCAAGUUUGCAGACUUGGUUCUGAAAGAGCCUCUGGACAGGGAGCAUCAGGCUGUUCAUAACCUCAUCCUCACUGCUGUGGAUGGAGGGGUGCCCAUGCGCACAGGUACAGCCAGCAUAAUUGUGCGCGUGCUCGAUGUAAAUGACAACGCCCCUUCGUUUGACAAAGACAAGUACGUGGUGGAUGUGAUGGAGAACUCCCCCAUAGGCAGUUUAGUGAUCAAACUGAACGCUAGUGAUUUAGAUGAAGGAUCUAAUUCUGAUGUUGUUUAUUCGUACAGUUUGUACACGUCAGAGAGAACCCAGAGUGUGUUUAAACUGAACCCAGAAAAUGGUGAAAUCAGAGUGAAAGAAAUGAUAAAUUAUGAAGAUUUUAAGUUGUAUGAGAUGGAGGUUAUAGCCAGUGAUAAGGGUCCAAACUCUUUAUCUGGACAGUGUAAAGUGACAAUACAGGUGACGGACAUGAAUGAUAAUCAUCCUGAAAUUUCUAUCAAAUCAUUUCAGACCACCAAAAGACAAUGGAGGGAUGUGUGGGGCUCUUUUUGUCUGGCGCUGCUGAUUGUAACAAAAUUUGAAGUGAUUUCUGCUCAGAUUCGAUAUUCUGUCCAGGAGGAAACAAAAUCAGGAAUAACAGUUGGAAACGUAGCUAAAGACCUCGGGCUGGAUGUCGGAAGGCUGACGGAUAGAAAUCUGCGUGUCAUUUCGGGGACAAAGCAAGACCUAUUCAAGGUAAAUCCGAAAGAUGGAGUUCUGAUCGUGAACCAGAGAAUCGACAGAGAGGAACUGUGCGCAAAAACGGUUCCAUGCGUCACAAACCUGAAAGCCGUUGUAGAAAAUCCUCUGGAAAUGCACCAGGUAAUAGUGGAAAUAUUGGAUGUAAAUGAUAACUCGCCACGGUUUCCUGAAGAGAACCACACCAUGGAGGUGCUGGAGUCCGCCAUUGUUGGUUCUCGUUUUCAGGUUGAAGGAGCGCAUGAUCCGGAUGUGGGUUUGAAUUCCAUUCAUUCAUAUAAGCUGAACCAUAACCAGUAUUUUCGACUGGAAACCGAAGAUUUUGGCGAGGAAGGUAAAGUUCCCUUUCUAGUUCUGCAGAGACCAUUAGAUAGAGAGGAGACUGCUCAGCACUGGCUUCUAUUAACAGCUGCAGACGGAGGAAAACCUUCUAAAUCAGGCGCGAUAAAUGUCACAGUUAUUGUUUCUGACGUUAAUGACAACUCCCCAGUGUGCGCUAAACAAAAAUAUACCAUCACAAUAAAAGAGAAUGCUCCUGUUGGGACAUUUCUGUUGACAGUAAAUGCAUCUGAUCCAGAUGAGGGAGUGAACGGGGAAAUUGAAUAUUCAUUAAGGAGCAAAAGUCGCGGCUUCUCAUCAGAACCGUUUGAUUUGGACAGCAGAACUGGGAAACUGACAGUGAAAGCACCCCUGGAUUAUGAGGAGAAGCAGGUCUAUGAGAUUAAAGUACUGGCUGCAGACAAAGGUUCAGUGCCUUUCUCCACGCAGUGCAAUGUGAUGGUCAGAGUGGAAGACGUGAAUGAUAACCGACCUGAAAUUGACAUCACAUCUUUUUCAAGUCAGAUCCCAGAAGAUGCGACACCUGGAACCGUGGUGGCGCUGAUGGGCGUGACGGACCUGGACUCUGGCGUGAAUGGACAGGUGGUCUGCAACGUGCCAGGGAAUUUACCUUUUGAUCUAAAACCAUCACCUGACGGACAGUCAUAUUCUUUGGUCACGAAGGACUAUUUAGAUAAGGAAAUGACGCCAAUUUAUUAUAUCACAAUAACAGCAAAAGAUUUAGGCAGUCCUGUUCAGUCUUCUACGAAGGUGAUUCAGGUAGAAGUGCUUGAUGUAAAUGAUAAUAAUCCGUUAUUCACUGAAAGUCCAUACAAUUUUUAUAUAUAUGAAAAUAAGAAAGCAGGAACGUCAUUAUUUUCAGUGAGCGCGACUGAUGCAGAUAAAGGUGAAAAUGCGCUCAUCUCUUAUUCACUUGGGCGUAAAGAUCCGAGCAACUCCAUCACUUCCAUUUUAAUUAUAAACGAAGCCAACGGCACUGUUUCGACACUGAAGAGUUUUGACUUUGAACGUCUAAAAAGUUUCCAGCUCCAAGUUGUGGCCACAGAUUCUGGAGCUCCAUCUCUGAGCAGAGGAAAACAUCUGAGGAGGUAA